UUCGGGCGCAGGAGGUGGCGGUUGGUAAGGCCAUACAUUUUCGCAGGCCGCCUUAUCGAUUCCCCCCUCUUCUCCUUAUCCCCCCGACCUCUUCAGUCUUCAGUGCCCCCUCUUCUCUUCUCCUCCUCCGCCGAAGUCAUAGCGCUAUGGCUUCCAUCAUCGGCGUGUCGUCCCUCUACCCAUCUCCUUCCCCGGACCUAUCUCGUAGGGUUUUCCCUUUCCCUUCCCCUUCCCCUUCCACCCCCGAGAAGCCCCACUUCUGCGGGCUUAGGGCUUCCACCACGAAGGGCUUCGGCGCCUGCUUCUGCGCUCUCGGGAGAUCGAGGCCGGCGAAGCAGCUCUCUUUGCUCAUCCCCCCCUCGGCCGUCGCCUCCCCCAACUCCGUCCUCAGCGAGGAGGCGUUCAGGGGGCUCGGCGGCUUCUCCAGCUCCUCCCUCGUGGGGGACGAGGAAGAAGAGGAAGGAGGAGGAGAGGAGUACGGUUCGGAGGCGGACGAGUCGGAGGGGGAAAGCUAUGAUGGCAGCGACGAAGAGCUCGCUAUCGCCAAUCUAGGGUUACCUCGCCAGCUCGUCGCUUCCCUCGAAAAGCGCGGGAUUACCCACCUUUUUCCCAUUCAGAGGGCUGUGUUGGUUCCUGCUCUCGAAGGCCGCGACCUGAUCGCACGGGCGAAGACUGGAACGGGGAAGACUCUGGCUUUUGGUAUUCCCAUCAUUAAGGGACUUACCCAGGAAGGACAACAAACAAGUAGGAGGUUGGGUCGUCUUCCUCGAGCUCUGGUUCUUGCACCUACUAGGGAGUUGGCCAAGCAAGUUGAGAAGGAAAUCAAAGAAUCAGCGCCGAAUCUGAGUACGGUGUGUGUUUAUGGAGGGGUUUCUUACAAUGUCCAACAAGGUGCACUCUCUCGUGGUGUUGAUGUUGUCGUGGGAACCCCUGGACGACUGAUUGACUUGAUUAAUAGCAACAGCCUUCAUUUGGAAGAAGUUAAGUAUCUGGUUCUCGACGAAGCUGAUCAGAUGCUUGCCGUCGGCUUUGAGGAGGAUGUGGAAGUAAUAUUGCAAAAAUUGCCAUCGGAGCGGCAAAACAUGCUCUUUUCUGCAACAAUGCCUGGUUGGGUGAAGAAGUUGGCAAGACGAUACUUGAAUGAUCCUCUGACAAUUGAUUUGGUGGGCGAUCAUGACGAAAAGCUGGCAGAGGGUAUAAAACUUUACGCUAUACCAACAACAGCAACAUCAAAGCGUACAAUCCUCAGUGACCUAAUCACGGUGUAUGCAAAAGGUGGGAAGACCAUAGUUUUUACUCAGACAAAACGAGAUGCUGACGAGGUUUCAAUGGCAUUAACGAACAUUAUAGCGUCUGAGGCACUUCAUGGUGAUAUUUCUCAACACCAGCGAGAAAGAACAUUGAAUGGCUUUCGCCAGGGGAAGUUUACUGUUCUUGUUGCAACUGAUGUUGCUGCCCGUGGUCUUGAUAUACCUAAUGUUGAUUUGAUUAUUCAUUAUGAACUGCCAAAUGACCCAGAGACCUUUGUCCACCGGUCGGGCCGUACAGGCCGUGCUGGAAAAGAAGGCACUGCCAUCUUGAUGUUCACUAGCAGCCAGAGGAGGACUGUUAAAUCUCUCGAGCGUGAUGUGGGAUGUCAUUUUGAGUUUAUAAGUCCUCCUUCAAUGCAGGAGGUCUUAGAAUCAUCUGCAGAACAAGUUGUUGCUACUUUGCAGGGUGUGCACCCAGAGUCAAUACAAUAUUUCCUUCCAACAGCUGAAAGAUUGACACAAGAAUUAGGAACUAACGCUCUUGCUGCUGCCUUGGCACAUUUGAGUGGAUUUUCUCAACCACCUUCGUCACGUUCUCUUAUUAGUCAUGAGCAGGGAUGGGUAACGCUACAAUUAGUACGUGAACCAGGAUAUUCAAGAGGCUUCUUUUCUGCCAGAUCUGUUACCGGGUUUCUGUCUGAUGUUUAUUCUGCUGCUGCUGAUGAAGUUGGCAAAAUAUAUCUACUUGCAGAUGAACAGGUCCAAGGAGCAGUUUUUGAUUUACCAGAGGAAAUUGCUAAAGAAUUACUGAACAAACAAUUUCCACCUGGAAAUACCAUAUCCAAGGUCACGAAGCUGCCUCCCUUGCAAGAUGAUGGUCCUCCAACUGACAAUUAUGGGCGAUUUCCGAACAAGGACCGUGGCUCCAGGGAUCGAGGCUUUAGCAGAAGCUCUAGAAGCAGAGGUGGUGGUUGGCACUCUGAUGGUGAUGAUGCCUUUCGCCGUGGUGGUCAGAGGUUCAGGACUGACAAUAACUGGACAAAGCCAUCAUCCAGACGUAGUGACGAUGAUUGGCUGAUUAGCCACAGAAGAUCUAGCCGGUCAUCGUCCUUUGGUAGCGGUAGGGACAGCAGAGGCUUCGGAGGUGCUUGCUUCAACUGCGGCAGAUCGGGGCAUCGAGCUUCAGAAUGUCCGAACAAGUAAUCAGGUUGAGAGGUUACCCUUCUCUUUCUGAUUCCUAACAUGGGCUCUCCUGGGUUAAACAAGAGUCGUAGAUGAUAACACAAGGAAAACAGAAUCCAUACAUCUGACAUUAUGCUGGAGGAGGAGAUCAGAUGAUAUCAUACUCGUGUAAGUACAUUCCUAUGCGAGCUUGAUGGGGAAGGUUCCUGCACUUGAGAUUUCAAGUUGAAUAGAGUAUUUUAUUUUUUUUUAGCUAUUUUUGCUGUUUGUUAUUGUGGCUUCAGGAUAUUAUUCUUACUUAUUACCGCCACCCCAGUUUGAAGGCCUUUACUGGUGGAAUGUUAGGACAGUAAACGCUCAGUAUGCUGGGCAUGUAGUACUUUCAUUUAUCAUAUAUUAUCAUGUAUCAGCUAAUGCUAUCAUUGUUAUCGACUAGAGUGCAGUUGGUUGAACUGUCAUGACCGAUCUUUGUGCCUUGUUCUUGAUAA